AUGUACCAAUCUGCUCUACAUAUAAGCGUCUCCCUCGUCUUCCUCUCCUACCUCGUCGCCCGCCCCCCGGCUUCCCCCAAAUCCUCUCCAACGGACGCCCGCCCCUUUGCCCACUUCCAAGCAAACUACCUUCUCGUCUACCUCCUCGCUGUCGCCGCAGACUGGCUACAAGGCCCCUAUAUAUACGCCCUCUACGCGCAGUACGGAUUUUCAAAGUCCGACAUCGGCCGCCUCUACAUCGCGGGCUUUGCCUCCUCCGCCGUCUUCGGCACCGUCGUCGCAGCGCUCGCCGACCGCUACGGCCGCCGCAACAACGCCCUUCUGUAUUGCGUCCUGUACGCCGCUUCGUGCCUCACCAAGCACUCUCCAAACUACUAUGUCCUCCUGUUCGGCCGCAUCCUCGGCGGCGUCGCCUACUCCAUCCUCUCCUCUGCCUUCGAGAGCUGGAUGGUAUACGAGCACACGGCGCGCGCCUUCCACCCCGCACUGCUCGCCUCGACGUUUGCGCGCGCGCAAUUUUGGAACGGCGUAGUCGCCAUGGUCGCCGGGCAGGUGUCUGGGUGGCUCGCGUUACGGUAUGGUAAGGUGAUGCCGUUCGACCUGUCCGUAUGCGUGCUUGCGCUUCUGUUCGGUCUGGUGGCGGCGACGUGGACUGAGAACUACGGCGACGAGCGGCAGAGCGUGAGGGGCGGCUUUGCGCGCGCGUGGAGCAGCCUGCUGGGCGACGAGAAGAUCCUGCUACUGGGCGUGUCGCAGUCCGCGUUCGAGGGCGCGCUGUACACGUUCACGUUCAUGUGGACGCCGGCGCUGCAGACGGCCGCGGGCCAGGUGGGCGAGAUCCCGCACGGCACGGUGUUCUCGUCGUUCAUGGCGGCCACGAUGAUCGGCAGCAACGUGUUCGCGUACGCCUCGCGCUGCGUGCGCGUGGAGACGCUGAUGCGCAGCGUGUUCCUGACCGGCGGGGUGCUCUUCCUCGCGGCGGCGCUGUCGCGUCGCAUCGAGGUGGUGUACGGCAGCUUCCUGCUCUUCGAGCUGCUGUGCGGGGUGUACUUUCCGGGCAUGGCAACCAUGCGCGCGCCGUACGUCCCCGAGGAGAGCCGCAGCGCGCUGCUGACGUUCUUCCGCGUGCCGCUCAACGUGAUUGUGGUGCUGGCGCUGUACCAGGACAUGAGCGUCGGGCGGGUGUUCUUCGUGUGCGCGGGGCUGAUGGGGGUGGCCGUGGCCAGCCAGCAGCGGCUGAUGAGGCUCGUGGCGAGGAAGAGGGCGGCGGGGGAGGAUGAGCUGUUGGAGAUGGAAAAGGCGUCGCAGACGUGA